UAUUCAUUUUUUCCUCGGUGUUCUUCGACUCAUGCCUUGGGUUGGUACGCAAGCUCAGUGAGAUGUGCACGAGCAGGCAUUCGCCUGUCUCCAUGCAAGCGACCUCUGUUCUAUGCACACCUCUACCGCGAUCCGGCCAUUGCUUACCGUAAAGCUUCAGCGAGCGACUUGCGCAUUUCGUCGAACACCCGGUGAGUACGCAUCUUCUCCGUGAUGUUUUGAACAAAUUUAGCGAGAAAAGAUCCCGAGAACGCAUUCUGGGAACAGUGCGCAUCACCUGCUCGACGAUUUGCGGGAGUGGGAUUCGCGUUCUGAAUCGCGUUCGAGAUGGACGAGCUCUUCAAGGACCGAAUGUUUGCAACGCACGCGGUCGCCGCCGCUGCUUCGGUGACUCUAGGAUCGGCUCUCACUCAUCCUCUCGAUACCAUCAAGACCCUUAUCCAGGUGGGUUCUGGCUCAACCAAGCAGCUGACUCCAACUCAGGCUGUGGAAAGAGUUCGGGCUUUGUCUGGAGGUUUUGGAGGUCUUUACAGUGGCUUUGGAUGGCUGAUGCUGGGGAGAACAUUCGGUCUAGGAGCUCGUUUUGGGGUUUACGAAGUUCUAACAGCAUUUUGUAAAGAUGGUCGGGAAGACAACUAUGUGUAUGUCUCUGAGGCCCUUAUGGCUGGACUUGCUGCUGGUGCAGCAGAAUCACUUAUAAGCUCUCCAUUUGAACUACUCAAACUACGUUCACAAGUGACCACUGCUUCUCGUGUUUCGUCGUCUACGUACAUCAGAGCAAAGUCAGCUGCUUCACCCGUAAUUGAAAGGUUGCUACGUGGAUAUAACCCAGAUAAGGGAAUUUUGAGCGAGUAUGUUGGCCUAUUGUCCACCUUAACCACCAGGCAUCCCAAUAUUGCAGCCGCCUUGCAAGAGUACCCAUGGAUGAUGACUGGGUCUGGCAGGCCACCUUCUCUAUGUGAUGUAAAGAGGCCAUCAGACAUCAUCUCUUUGGAAGGUUGGUCAGCACUAUGGAGAGGGCUCCGAUCUGGAAUUGCUCGAGAUUCCUUUUAUGCCGGCAUAUUCUUUUCUAGUUGGCAGUUCAUGCACCGAGCUAUGCUUGACUGGAAGGCAGUAGGGAUGGAUCCUGAACCAAGUUCUGAUGAAGAAAUUGGUCCUUUGUCUCCUCUGGCUGUUAGUCUCUCGGCUGGAUUUUCUGGAUUGGUUGCUGCUGCAGGUUCUCACUGUUUUGACACUGCCAAGAGUCGAUCUCAAUGUAUCGUGCUACCUAAGUAUAUCACUAUGGAAAGAAAGCUUCUCAAAUGGAAUACACCAGGUAACAGAUUUGAGAGAGCAACUGGUACCCACCCUUCUGACAGGAAUCUUCUCUUCCGUGGAAUUUGGGUUCGAAUGGCUCGUAGUGGGAUUGCAUCCUUCAUGAUUGUUGGUGGUUACUUCUUUGUUGUUGAUCAUCUAACUUCAAGCUGAAUGGAUAGGACUGAUUCUUUGACAAACUGCAUAGCUGUUAUCAUUCGACAAUUGCGCAUUUGAUUCCUUUUGGUUUGACUAUAUUGCAAAGAACAUGAAAUGGCUCAUGUACUACUCAGCGGCAUCUUUCUCAGGAGUGGCUUGAGUGAUAGUGUGAUUCUGCAUGCAGAUGUAGAAAAGCUGAAUUGCAUGUAGAGUGAAUUCCUCAUGCCAAUAUGUGCAGAUAUCCAGUUAGCUUCA